AUGAAAGUAAACUCGUACGCACCAUCAACCGCGUUUAAUUUCAACGCUCCCGUGGUUGGUGGCAUUUCCACUACAACAGGUAAUAGUGCCAAUAAUGUUUCGGGUGGAAAUCUUUUUAAUGGAAGUAUCUUACCAUCAUCAACAAAAGAACAAUUAAUGGAAUCCAAAAAAUUAGUCAAUCAAAAUUUAGAAAAGGAUAGCAAGUUUGUUGAUAUUUACGAACUUUCACAAAAUCAAAACGAUUCCUAUGAUGAAUUGUUCGUAAAGAAACAAUUUGUAGCCCUUCCUGAUCCAAUCUUUGAAGAAUAUCGUAGACUUGAAUACAAAUGUUUCAUGGGUAUUUUCCCUGAAAUACAUAGAGCUUGGAUUACUAUUGACAACAAAUUCUUCAUAUGGAGUUACUUGGAUGGUAGUGAUUUUAAUGAAUAUGAUGAGUUGGAUCAAAUAAUUAUUAGUGCCGGAAUUGUGAAGCCAAAGCCUAAUAUUUUCAAAGAUUAUGUUAAAUAUUUACUAGUAUUAGCAACACCAAUAGAAAUUGUUCUUGUAGCUCUUGCUUUUAACAAUAAUGAUGUUUCCUCGCCAAUUAAUGGUACAGAGACAGAAAAACAACAACAUCCUUCAUUUGAUUCACAAACAGGAAGUAUUUAUUCUGAAAUGGAGCUUUUCCCAACAAAUUAUAUCAUCCCAUCAGACAAUGUAAACAUGUUAAAAAUUGUUGGAACAAAAAAUGGAAGAAUUUUCAUGUGUGGAAAAGAUGGAUGUUUAUAUGAACUUACAUAUGAACCUGAGGAGGGCUGGUUUAAAAGCAAAUGUAGAAAGCUGAACCAUUCACAAAGUUUUGUUGGACUUUUAGUCCCUUCCUUCUUAAAGUUUACUCAUGAUGAUCCUAUUAUUGAUAUUGUCGUAGAUGACACAAGAAAUAUUCUUUAUACUCUUUCAGAUAAUAUGACCAUUGAAGUUUAUGAUCUUGGAGAGAAUGGGGAUAGUAUGAGAAAGGUUGUUAGUUAUUCUAAUUUACUUCAAGAUAUGAUGAGAAAAUUUCCAAAUUAUAAUUGUAACUUGAAUUCGCUCAAAAUUAUUUCAAUUGCUCCAAUAUCUGAAAAUGAAUCAAAAGCUGUUCACUUGGUUGCCAUUACUUCAAAGGGAGAUAGAAUAUUUUUUACAACUGGCUACUCUCAAGAUGGACUUUCCAAUUCUGAUAGACCUAUUGGAAUAUCUCUUCUUCAUAUCAAAUCAGUUUCAUUUACUAGUAACACGAUGAGUAAUAACAAAUUUAUUCCUGGUGGAUUACACAAAAUUCAUGAAUGCUUCUAUAAGGAUGGUGUUUGCAUUUUAGCUGAUGAGCUUAGUAACCAAGUUGAUUCACUUGUUUGUUUGUCAAUGGAGAGAAAGUAUGGAGAAUAUGGAUUUGGUUUAAACGAAAAUGUAACCACCAAGCAUUUAGAUAAUGGUAUGACACACUCUAUUGCUGAAAUUCCUUUGUACUUGGAUCCUGUUUUGGUUUCAUCCCAAAAUAGUCUAAAUGAACUUUCAUUCCAACACAUCAAACCACCAAGAGAGUUCGUUUGUUUAAGUAAUAAUGGAAUGCAUUUGUUGGUAAAGCUUAGACCUGUAGACUUUUUACAACAAAUUCUCCAACAAAGUCAAUCCGAUAGCUUGUUAAAUAAUUUUUUUACAAAAUAUAGUGAUGAUGAAGCUUGUGCAAUGUGUGUUAUGCUAGCUUGCGCACCUCCAGCUUAUAAUAAUAUUACUGAUCAUGAUCAACAACCAACUCUCCAUGACGAAAUGCUCAUUAAGAGAGCCGAACAAGCUUUCUUUAAAUAUGGUGGACUUCCUAGAUUAGAAUCACAAGAAAGAAACAUUACUAAUAACACUAUGGGUGGUCCUGUAUCGGCAAUAGAUAUCAAGUAUAGUGCUCAACACAAUGGUUUAUAUUUAUAUUUUACAAGAUUAAUGAGACCUCUAUGGAUUUCUCCUGUAUUUAAUAGCAGAGUAAGAGACAAUGAAACGUUAAUUACAUCAUUACGUUACUCUCCAAAACAGCUUAAAUAUGUGCAACAAUGUCUCUUUGGUAUUUAUAAUUUUUUGAAACGUAAUCCCCAACUGCAUGAAAUACAAUCUAAUGUCAAAAAGUCAAUCCAAGAAAAGGUUGUAGAUUUAUAUAACACAAAGAAAGAUGAAGAAGCCAAACGAUUGGAACAAAGAUCCAUCCACAACUUGUAUGUCUUACUCAAGAGAUGCUACCAAGGAUUGAUUUUUUUAUACUUUAUGGAUAAGUGUAAACUUGCUACAUUAUUCUCUUCGUACUCACAUACUCGAAUUUCUCAAAUAGCCAGAAUGCCGUUCUGUGAUUUAUUCUUGACAUCAGAAGGCGAAAAGAUGAUGAAAGAAAUGGUAAGAAUGGUUGUGAUGAGAAGUAAAGAGGUUGAUGCCAAACAAAAAAUAUGUGAAGAACUCAAGAGUUGUGAUGAGUUCUUUGAUCCAAAGGAUUUGGAGGAAUAUAAGGCAUUGGAUGCAUUGGAAAAGGCUAAAAUUAAGCACGAUCAAGAUUCUAUGUUUGAAUCACUUGAAAUGUUUAAAAAGAUUGCUGGUCAUAUUAAUAUUUUGGUUGUUUGUAAGGAAUUCCAAAAACUUGGCUAUUAUACAGGUGCUGUUGAAUUGGCAUUAACAAGCGCUGAACAAAGGGAUCCAAGCAACUUGGCCUUAGAAUGGAUAAAGGCAGGUAAACCAGCUCUUGACAUGGCUGGUCAGCAAGCUUUCGCUGCUAGAAAUGAAUGUUAUACAUGUGCUUUGAGCUCCUUAGAUUUGGCAGAUAAUGAGGAAUCACCAAUAAUUGGUAAUCAAAUUGACAAGGAAACCAAAUUCUCUGAUAUUCUGGAAAAAAUGUCCAAAUCAAAGGACUCUCUUUUCCAUGACACUCUUUAUCAAUGGUUAAUCGAGCACAAUCUCUCUGAAAAGUUAUUGAGUUUGAAUACUCCAUUUAUUGAAAAUUUCUUAAUUAAGCAAAACAAGCAUUAUGAGGAGCUUUCUUCUUACUAUUUUAAUAAUAGAAGGUAUGAUAAGGCAGCAAAGGUACUUCUUAAACUUGCUGAAACUAAAAGUGAUGAUGUUAACCUCGAUGGAAGAAUUCAACACCUCACCCAUGCAAUUAAUUAUGCCAAAGCAGCCCAAACACAGGAUGAUUUACUAAACAGCCUUCAAGAUAAAUUAGAUGUAGCACUCAUCCAACGAAGAGUUCUUAAGCAAAUACAAGAAAUCAACCAUGACUCGAGUGAUAUUAUUGCUGAUUUGGAAAGCUCUCUCUUUGAUAUUAAUACUCUUUAUAAUAAGUAUGCAGAGCCUUUUGAUUUGUUAGAGUCUAGACUUUGUAUUCUUCACUGUGCAAAAUAUAAGAAUCACGAGCUAAUUCAAGAUUUAUGGAAUGAAUUGAUUGAUAUCUCUAUUAAAGAGAAUAAUCUUGAAUCUAAGAUUAUAAGUUUAGGAAAGGAACUUACUGGUAUUUACUUCCCUCUUGAAUUUAUUUGUGGCCAAUUAGAAAAGAGAACAUUGGAUUCAAAUUUUGAAGCUGGUUGGGUGGUUAAACUAAUGAGAGAUAAAGUUGGUGUGAAAUACACCAACUUGUACAAUGCAUACCACAACUUGUAUAUUUUACUUAGUCCAACCAAGUCAAAAGUUGGAAAGGAUGUAAGCAUGUUCUAUAAUCAAGGUAGAUUCGAAAAUCUUCCAGACACAAAAGAAAUGGUGCUCAGAAUUUUAGAAAAUAUUGCAAAGAUUCUUGGUGAUUGGCUAGGCGAAAUUAACACACCAUACGAUUUGCAAUACGUCCAAACUUUCUCAUUGGGAGAUAUCAAGAAAGAUGUUAAUGAAUAUAUUUCAGCCUUGAAUUCAUUCUCAAAGAGUUCUAAAACUGAUGAAAUCAAAAAGAAUUUAAAGAACAUUGUCAAUAGUAUUUAA